AUGAGACACAGAGGCCGCAGCCCACUGACGGUCCUGACCUCGAGCCUUCACAUCAUCACCGCGUCCCCCCGCCCGUCCGCCCUCGGAGCCUCGGUCUGCUUCCCGCGCUUCUACUCGCCCGCCGCCAACAUGGCUCCUCCCAAGUCGGCCCUGGAUUUUCUCGACUUCGUCAAUGCCUCUCCCACCCCCUACCAUGCUGUCCAAGCCGCCAUUACCCGCCUGGAGAAGGCCGGCUUCUCCAAGGUCAAGGAGCGCGACAACUGGUCCUCCUCGCUCAAGCCGGGCGGCAAGUACUACAUGACACGAAAUGCCUCCACCAUUGUAGCCUUUGCCAUCGGCGCCAAAUGGCGGCCCGGAAACCCCAUUGCCAUGGUCGGCGCUCACACCGACUCGCCCUGUCUCCGCAUCAAGCCCGUCAGCAAGAAGAGCAACGUUGGCUUCCUUCAGGUCGGCGUCGAGACCUACGGCGGAGGAAUCUGGCACAGCUGGUUCGACAGAGAUCUCAGCAUUGCCGGUCGCGUGCUGGUCAAGGAUGGCGCCGGCAACUUUGUCCAGAAGCUGGUCAAGGUCGACCGUCCCAUCAUCCGAAUCCCCACCCUCGCCAUCCAUCUCGACCGCUCGAGCAGCUUUGACCCCAACAAGGAGACCGAGCUGUUCCCCAUUGCCGGCAUGGUCGCCGCAGAGCUCAACCGGACUGGCUCCAAGGACGUCCCAGUGGCCGACGAUGCCACCAACGAGACGUUCCAGCCGUUGAAGGAAAUGACCGAGCGCCACCACCCUUACAUCCUCGAGAUUAUUGCCGAGCAUGCUGGCGUCGAGGUCGACAAUGUCGUUGAUUUUGAGCUGGUCCUGUACGAUGUUCAAAAGUCGUGCCUCGGCGGCCUGAACGAGGAAUUCAUCUACUCGGCGCGUCUUGACAACCUGAAUAUGACGUACUGCAGCGUCAUGGGCCUGAUCGAGUCCGUGUCAUCAACCAGCCUCGACGACGAGACGUCCAUUCGCCUCAUUGCGUGCUUCGACCACGAGGAGAUUGGUUCGACCUCUGCUCAGGGAGCCAAUUCCGAUCUCUUGCCAGCUGUCGUGCGUCGCCUUUCCGUCGUUGCUGGGGACCGCCACGGUGAUUCUGCCUCCAACAAGUCGUGGGAGCACGUCAGCGCAGAUCCCGAAGUCGAUCUGUCCACUGCCUUUGAGCAGACCGCAUCGGGAUCUUUUCUCGUCUCUGCCGACAUGGCUCAUUCGGUACACCCCAACUACGCCGGCAAGUAUGAGGCGAACCAUCAGCCUGAGAUGAACAAGGGAACCGUCAUCAAGAUCAAUGCCAAUCAGAGAUACGCCACCAACUCCCCCGGGAUUGUCCUCUUGCAGGAGGCGGCCAAGCGUGCGGGUGUUCCGCUGCAGCUGUUUGUCGUGAGAAACGACUCCUCAUGCGGGUCAACCAUUGGCCCUAUGCUUUCAGCCAAGAUGGGCGUCCGGACACUAGAUCUGGGCAACCCUCAACUUUCCAUGCACAGCAUCCGUGAGACCGGAGGCACGUACGAUGUGGAGCAUGCUAUCAAGCUGUUCGAUUCGUUCCUGUCACACUACUCAGAGCUUGAGGCCAAGAUCUUUGUUGAUUAA